ACGAUUCGAAUGCAGAAGAUCCCGGCCGCGCUGCUGGCGGUCGCCGUCGCGGCCAGCGCGCCGCUCUUCCCACUCGACCACGCCAACAUCACGAGCAUGACCAACGCCUCGUUCUACACGCUUCUUGAAGGCCCCGAGCCGUGGAUCAUCGAUUUCUAUCACCCCUACUGCACGCACUGCGUCGAGUACGCGGCCGAGGUCGCGACGGUCGCCGCGCACUUUGCGCUGCAAAAAGCCGUGCGCGUCGGCGUCGUGAGCUGUCUGGAUGCCAAGGAGCUUUGCGCCGCGCAGCACAUUGCGGCCUUUCCAGCGCUCGGCUAUUACAACUUUCGCCUCAUGCGGGGCGUCAACUACGUCGAUGCUGGAGCACCGCCGCUUGCAGACGUGGCACAGACAGUACAGAUGCUUCAGAAAGGAGUCCACCCCGCCGACCCGAGUGUCGACCACCGACCCCUGGAGCUGCAUCAUCAAUCCUCUGCGCCGCUGACCCGGUACCACGAUGGAAUCGCCGCCUUCCUCUUUGGCCUCCACCACCACGUCUUCCACGAGCGAGAGACCUUGCGACCGGCCAUGAUGACCGCGCUAUGCGACUGGAUAUACCUCGUCGGCGACGCGAUGCCGCACGACACCCAUCGCCGCAUCGUGCUCCGUCUGCAUGCAGCGCUUCGCAGCAAGACGACGCUCGAGGUCGACGCCUGGCGGCAACUGCUCGCGCGGUGGGCUGCAAGCACCGACGACCCUCUUUUUCACGGCGACGGGACGACGUACAUGGCGUGUACGUCGUACAAUUGCGGCCUGUGGACGCUGCUCCACCGCAUGAGCCUCUCGCCUGCGGCGACCCGCGUCGUGCCAGCGCUGCAGCUGUACAUGGCGUUCUUUGGGCACUGCGUGCCUUGCCGCGUCGCUCUUGAGAGGUUCCAUACGAUCGAGAGGCUCGAUGCGCUGACGCGUGCGCCGCCGUCCGUCAUCGCACUGCACAUGUGGCGACUGCACAACGCCAUCAACAGCGCCACGCACGCGGCGUGGCCUUCCCACGACCACUGCCCGCACUGUCGGUCGACGACCGACUGGGACGAAGCGGCGGUUCUCUCGCACCUCCAAGCGACGUUUGCGACGGCCGAGACACUCCCUCUUGGCGACGCUAGCGUCAUGGCCCCACCGAGUCGGCUGCCAUGGCUCGGUCUCGGAGCUGCGAGUGGCGCUGCCAUCGCCGGCCUUGUCUACGUCAAGUGUCGUCGCUCCAACCCGAGUAAUACCAAGCUGUCCUAAGACGACGCGACCCCAAGUUGUCUAAAGAUGACACAACACAUCAAUGAUUCAAUAAAGCGCAAAC